UACUGGAUGUGUGCAUAGUGUCUCUCUUCUCCUGGCUUGUUAUGUUUCAGGUAUUUCACCAUGUUGUUGUUUCUCUUGUUCGUGCCCCACCUCCUCCCUUGCCCCCCCUCCCCCUUUUUAAUAAAAGACCUCUCAACUUAAACCUGAUCCCAUGAUACAAAACAACGAGCCAGCGGAGCCAAAGAAACGCUCCAAAAAAGACAGGAAAGGAAAAAAGAACAAAAAGAAGCGUGACAAGAAGGGGAGGGGCAAGAAGGAGUCGAGGAAGAAGAGAAAAGAAGGAGAGGCGGGUCCAGAGGAGGAGGGUUUCGUCCAGGUGUCCACUGUUUUGCCUGAAAACCAAUCUCAAGAAACCUACUAUCCCACUGAAAAGCCAUCUACGAUGGAACUGUUCACCCUUGAAGCUGUCACCCCAUCUGAAGCCCCUGACCAGACCACCAUGAUCCCAGAGAGGCCCACACACAGGCCUGACUCUGACAUUGAGGACCCCUCCGUGGUGCCCAGUGCACUGCCUGAGUCAAAGGUCACUGAGGAGRAGGAGAGGCUGGACAAAAAGCCCCAGAUGGAGGAGUUUGACGACACCUUCUACGGCGACCUGUACGAUGACCUCGCYGUCUCCAUGGUAACAGUGGGUCCCAAUAUCAGCGAGUACGAGGCUGUAGAGUACGAGGACAUAAGUAACGAGACAGAGAACCAGGAGUAUGAAGAGUAUGAGACGUACGAGGACGGACAUGGCUUUGCAGAGAGAGAGGGGGCUGAUACCUGGGAUGGAGAGGCCAGUGGCAGAGCACUGAAAGGAGAGAAGGGAGAGCCUGCCAUCGUUGAACCGGGUACACUGGUGGAGGGAGCAGUCGGCCCCCCAGGACCAGAGGUGGACAGGAACAAUGCCGGGAAGUGGAACCAGUAUGACCAAGUCAGGUCCACAGGGACUGUGCCCUGGGACAGUAGGACACGCAGGGUCACAGGAGUCCUGGGACAGUAUGACAAGUCACAGGUCCAGGAUGCCUUCUGGGUUUGA